AUUCUAACCUUGCUCCAUAACUUUAUACGCAAAUAUCACAAUAAGAAAUAAGAUGUCAAUAAAUAAGUUGUUCCAUUAAUUUUAGUGUUAAUUUAGAGUCAAUGUAAUGUAGAUAUGGAGGAUAAUGUUUUUAGAAUCAUUACAAGUGAUAAGAAUAAUCCUUACAGACUUUAUGUUAAUUUUCUGGAAGAUAGUUUAAGUUUAACUGUUCUACAAAAUUCAAGUGCAAAGAAAGCAAAUAUUGGUCCACAAGAUUUAGAAAAAUUAGCUGAAGAAAGUCAGAAAGAUUCUGAAAAGUACUACAUAGAAUUACAAAAGAAACUUCGUAGUGGUAAUGAAAAUAUAUUUAAAUUAGAAAAUGAUAUAUUUACAAUAAAUGAUAUAAAAGAUGAGAAAUUAGAUUUACAUGAAGAAUAUUUCAAGUGUCAACUGGCUGAUGUAGACUAUAUCAAUUGUGUGUUCAAUAUGCUGGACAAACUAAAUAAAGACAAAACUGAUAUGUUUAAGAAGUAUCAAACAAUUGAAAAGGAAAAAGAUGAAUUACUGAAAAUUAACACCGAAUACGAAUCGAAAUUCAAUGAUCUAUUAGAAAAGAAAAAAGAAGAUGAUGAUCGUCUUAUAAGUUCAUUUGUAAGCGCACUUAACGAGAAAAAACUGAGUAUACAGUACUACAAGGAACGUCUUAUUGCAUUAAAAAAUGGUCACUUAAACGAUGAUGUGAAGACCAACAAGACAAAAGCUAACAGUUCCCUUGUAGAUUCAGACACUGAACAGAGUACUAGUGAAAUUGCAAGGACUGUAAAAAAGAAAGUAAAAAUUGAUGAUCCAUGUACCUCCAAACAGACAAACUCUAAGGACACAACACGGUCCUGAAAACUGUAAUUUUGUACAUAACACACAGAAUUUUAUAAUUGAAUGAAUUGAAUUUUUUAACAUUUACAGUUGAAUAUUUUACAAUAUAUGGCAUUGUAGUUAUUAGAUGUUUUAAUUAAUUUUUUUAUAUUGUUAAAAGUGAAACUUGAAACUGUGAUUUUACUUUAUUAUUGUAGCAGUCUUUAUAAAUUGUUACUUGUGUGUCAAUGUUUCAUAAUAUUAAUUGUGAGAGUUGAUUUUAAUUAUAUAGAUUUGAAAUAUUGUAUAUUUGUAUGUGAAUUUUAUAUAUUAUAUUGGAUGUGAAAAAUUUUAUAAGAUUUGCUUUAUGAUUUUAAUAUACAUAUAUUCUUAAACCUCCAUUGUGUCCUGAAAUUAAAAAUCUUUCUUCCGUGUUGACGUAAGAUUUUUGUAAAUUUUACUAAAAUAAAAUAUAUAUUAUGUUC